AUGGACAGGAGGAUGGAGGAAGUGAGUGAAGAGGUGAUGGAGAUGGAGAAGAAGCCUUAUCCAACCAGAGAAGCUGAAUUUAGAGAUACUGGUGCUGAAGAUUCGGAUGUGCUGGAGGACUUGUUACUGAUCCCAGUGCACACCAAGCCUGACGAUUCACUGAAGGAGCUGGAUGAGCUUUAUGAUGUCUUCCUGGAAGUGACAAAGAAAUGGAAGACUGAUAACGUUAUGAUCCUAGGUGACUUCAAUGCAGACGGUUCCUACCUUUCUAAAAAGGGCAUGAAAGCCAUCCGUAUCCGCAGUGACGAAAAGUUCCACUGGCUGAUUAAAGAUGAUGUGGAUACCACAGCGAACACAGGCAACGAUAACACUUAUGACAGGAUUGUGAUCUAUGGGGAUGACAUGCUUGACGCCGUCGUGCCAAACUCUGCCAAACCAUUCAACUUCCAGAUUGAAUAUGGGCUUUCUGAAGAAGAUUUAAGUAUGCAGGUUACAGACUAA